AUGUCAACCCAGCACCAAUUCGACAAGUUCAAGACUCUCAUACAGGGCGUUGACCGUACCUGGAAAGGCUUUGUCGUUGUUCGCACUGCAUACGAUCCUGACCCAGCAACAGACGCAAACCAAUGGUCUGCUGUACUAGAUAAGUUGCAUUUAUAUGCCUCUGUAGACCUUGACAUAAAAUUCUUGGUUAUGGAUGAUCGCGAGUUUCUGGAGGGCAUGGACUACGGUGCCGUUCGGUCUCUCUUCAAAACAUGGACCAAGGAAUGCCGUCCGUGUGAGAACGAAGAGGGGGACGAGACUGGGUGGCCCUCCGGGGUGCGCCACGACUGCUGCCUGGUCAUUGACGGCCCUGCCCUAGCAUCUAUCUCUGCCGCGCCUUCUAGACCGCCAUCGCCACCAUCUACGUAUGGACACCUUGGUAAAGAAGCUGCAGAGAAGCCGUGGGUCGUAGUUGUCGACUCCCAGGCACCAGAGGAAGUGGGGUAUAUCGGCGGCGGACCGUACAUGGGCUGGUUCAGAGCGGAAGUUUCUGCCCUUGAAGAGCUGAUUCGGGAGCUUGAAUGUUCCCUAGAGGUACAUAGCAGAUGCCGUCCGCGAGAGUAUGAUGGCCAGAUACCUUUAUUCAACGGCCGAAGAGGAGCAAUGGUAGAUCCGCCCGGCGGUGUUGCAGGCCGAUACAAGUUUCCUCGGGGCACCCCAAGAGGCCGAGACGUUGCGAAGGCUUGGAUUGAGGAUAUCAGAAAGGCUUUGGGCGAUGAUGCCGUUAGUGGCGUCCGCUUCUAG